AUGGAUGAUCGGAAUUUCGGUCGGGCGAAAAUGCAAACUUUUGUAUGGGACAAUGGGGAUACAUCUGUUUCUGUUACUUAUAAAGAGAAUUUCUAUAUCUUUCAUUUCACCAUAGCAGAGCACCUCUUGAAUGUUCUUCGUAAUGGUCCGUAUAUUAUUGAUGGGGCAUUGGUGGUUCUUCGUAGAUGGGUUUCAAGUCUUUCUUUUAAACAUCUAGGGGUUGAGGAAAUCUUAAUUUGGGUCCGAUUCUAUGAUUUUCCAAUUACCCAGCUCAGAAAGACAUCAGCUUUUGAUUUAGCUGCAAUGAUAGGAGAGUCGGUGGAAGUUGAAGAUUUUGAGUUAAAGCCAAGUCAAAUGAGUUUCUUAAGAAUGUCAGUAUGGAUGAAACCAUUUAAACCGCUAAUUCCUGGUUUUUAUCAUGAACUCUUGGAUGGAGACUUGGUUUGGAUAGAAUGUUCAUAUGAAAGUGUUUUCGAAAUCUGCCGAAGAUGCUGUAAAAUUGGACACCCAAUCUCUAGAUGCACAACACGUGAACCACUGAAGAAAAGGUUGAGAUUCUCUUCGAAAUACAGAAUGCACAACAAUUCUGACACCAAAGGACUUACAGAGGAAAAAGUUUUGGAUGGAUUUAGGUUUAAUAAGGAGGUGGAGAUCAUUUUGUCUGAAAUGUGCGAAAAGGAAUCUCAACCUUAUACCAGUCAGGGGCAGGAAACUCUGCCUAAACAGCAUGUUGAAUCUCUGAAGCAGAGAACAACCCAGGUACCAGAAAAUUCUUCUCACUUUCAUAGGACGGAUCUCUUCAGGUCUCAGAGGCUUGUUGAUGUCAUGAGUUUUGAUGACAAACACCUGGUUGGUAAAAUCAGAAAGAGGAAGAUAGGAGCAAAGCAAAAUGUCUCACACUCAUAUGCAGCCAAGGUUUUUAUGGCUUUUAUGGAGGGGUAUCAGGGUGGUGAAACCUUACAGCCAAGAAAAAAGAGAAGGGAUAUAAAUAAGCACCAAGGGACAGAGUUCAAAGGGAGAAAGAGAAGUCGGAUAGAGCUACAUGGACAUGAGGGAAGUGUAAAGAAGCAGAGGAAACAGAAAGAGGAAAACAUCAGAAAGGCCAAGAGGACAAUGGUUCUCGAGGAUCUUCACCAAAAGAAGAAAAGUAAACCCAAUCCUAAGAAACAUGAAUCAACUCCUAGACACAAGCGUGCCUUGGAGUUGGGGACACAGGUUGAAUCACUACACAGUCGGGAUAAAGAAGAAAGGGUGGUCAAGAGAAGAAGACUGGAAACAAGUAUGAAGGCUGAAAUGCAAGAAAACCUACUGGCUCUAAUCAAGCAGCUAGUAGAAAACCAAAACAACAUAGUAGAAGUAUUGUACGCCACACGAAGAAUUGAUGGUGAAGAAGGGCAUUCGACCACAAGAACAACCAUGGAUGAAGCUGCUGCUAACAAGGAAGGCUUUUGGGUGAUUGAGCCAAAUCAAUCACCCAAGCGGCCAUGCGAGUACUUUCUUGGAAUUGCAGGGGCAUACAACGUGCACCUGUAA